AUGGACAUAACUCGUACGAGCAAAAAACGCGUCCUUCAAAUGGAGCGUGUUUUGAAGGCUGUACCGGCGGAUUUAAGAGUAAAAAUGGAGGCUCUUGUGCACGAUUUGACUUUGGCACUAGAGGAGAGCAGCAAUAGUGCAAAUCUCAGACGUAGAUGGGGCAUCAGAAGAAGAGCACGAUCCACAGGGAAUAUUCCGGCCUUGAGCAUGAACAAACAUUCAGACGACAGCUCAUCUUCCAUCUGUGACAUUCGCAUUCCAAAAACUGCUAAUGUUUCGAAAUACCAGUCCGACAGCGACGACACGAAUCAAACGAAGCGUUUUGCGCGUUUCUCAAAUUUAAAUAACGCCAGCAACAUCGAGAGCGACUCGGUGAAUGAAAAUUUCGUGCCAAGGGCAAACACGAGACGCAAGAGGAAAUUCAAGAGAAUGUCAGUUGAUUCCGACUCCAACGCAUCUACUUCUCAGGCGGUCACUAUUAUGUCGACUACGUUUGGCGGAAAGAAACGUAUUUUUCGAAGCGAUGGUAAAAACAGAUACAGCGCCAUAUGGUGUGGCAAGAGGAAGAGGUCAUGUAGAGAGCGUUCGAUAGAUUGCGAGAUGAGAGUAUCUAAGCCGACGAGAAAUGCGAAAUCAAAAAAUCGAGGUAAGAUGCAUGAUGAGGACACUGUUGAUUGUUCACGUAUAUCAAGCUCAAGUAUCUCGUCCAGCGAUUCGGAAGCAGGUCUAAUCACUAAUGACGAGGAUAGAGAAGGAGAUGACGAACAGUCGGAUUGGAUCGGAGAAUCGAGUUGGCGAGAGGAUGGGGAGAGCACAAGCGACGACAAGAUCACGUCAGAUUCGACUUUUCAAGUGAUAUUGCACGGGUACGAGCAUUCGGUAGCCGAGGCUAGAAGGAACUAUAGACAGAGAAUACAGCGUAUUCGCGAAGGUCUCAGUGGCAGAGAAAUCCGCGCCGGACGACGUCACGUCGACAACAAACCCGGUUACUCCAUCAUAACAUCCGCUAAUGAGAAGGUGUCGCGAUUUCUGCAAGAUCCUACUCAGAGCGAGUUAAAGUUGCAUCCCAUGCGACAACCAGAACGCGAGAAGCUGCGUCGACUCGCUAAUCUGUACAGUCUGAGCCUAAAAGGCGACCUGGGUUGCCCGAUUUUGUACAAAACGCGACAUACUACGCAAGCGGUGUGCGUAGAUCAGGUGUCAUUGAACAGAUUCUCAGACUACAAGAGACUACGCAAAACACCACCAAAUUCGCCAAAUCCAGACUCUACGAUGGAAACUCAGGAACCCGAAGUCGGCAGCGCAAGCUUCGAACCUCAGACCAUGAAUCAGACGCAGAGCACGGCGCCUGUGCAACAGCAGGCUAUACAGAUGCCGUUCUCAUCGUUCGAAUGGGAAACUGAAAGCAUGGACGUCGAGAUACACGGAAAACCAAAGUUUCUCGACUUCGGACACUCCAAGUCCAGUUAGAUGCAUUGAUAUAUUCAUUGUUAUACGGUUUUUUUUCGUAAUAAAUUAUUUAUACGCAAAGUGUGACGGGAUCAGUAGUGCGACAGAGAAAAAAGAAAAUGAUGAUUUACUGUAAUAGAUCUUCAUCAAGAUUAAGUACCUCGUAUAAAACGUUCUAUAACGCGCAUUUUUUGACUUAUUUUUGAUACAAGAGGUAAUUCGUAUUCUGUUAAUCGUGUUAUUAAUCCCAUCAUAUUCCUAUUGUGUCAUACACAUAUAUAUAGUUAUCUUCGUUUGUAUAGAUUUGUAAAAAUUGAUCAUGCGUUACUAUCUGUAAUAACGUACUGUAUAAGAAAGGAAGUUUCUGAUAUGAAAAUUGUAUAGCAACUUUAAAAUUGAGAUAUAUUUACAAUUAUUUGAAUUAUGUAUGAUAUAUUAUACACAUUGAGGACUAAUAUUUAUAUGUAAGAAUAUUAGAAAGAUUUUAAAACAAUUGUAACAUAAUAAACUAAUGAUGAGA